UUUGUUUUGUUUUUCUUUCUUGCGAUUACUUUGAUUUGAAAAUAUAUUUACGGCUCUAAAGAGUUAAUUUGUUUAUUUGUAAACAGUUACGGCUAAAAAGUAAAGUAAUCUUAUACAGUACGCAAACUUGAAGGAAGUUGUUUUACUAUUCCAAAUGACGACUUUUCGGCGAUUUUACCAUGUUACCAGCACAGUUUUUAGCCUAAAAAAGCAAGGUCUGAAGCUAACCAAAAUGAUAAGUCCAAAAACCAAAAAGCAAUGGUAUCCAGGUAUACGAUUUGAAGAAAAUGCACUACCUUCUGUAAAGAGCUUGACAAAGACUACAAAUGAGCCUGGAAAACGAGCAGUACGCAGAGUAGCCAUGCUGAACAAGAUGUUUAUGAAGCAGAUAACCGAUAUAAUGUCUACGGGAACUGUGGCUAUGGACAUUGUAGGAAGAGGGAUAGAAAUUUCAAAGGUGACUGUGACACCAGAUUUUCAAACUGUCAAUGUUUUCUGGGUCUGCAAAGGCAACUCUACUGAUGAGGAAACAGAGUUGGCACUCAAGAAAGUUUCAGGAGCGCUGAGGCAUGAGUUGUCGACUUUGAGGGUCAUGGGAGUGGUACCACACAUUACUUUUGUUAAGGAUAAGCAAGAGGCGCUGGUGGCAGAUUUGGACCGCCGCCUUGCAAUAGCCGACUAUGGCGAGGACUAUGAAGCGACUGAAAUGGGGCAUUUGCUCAAGACCAACUUCACAUUGAACAAAAAUCUAUCGCCCGAAAUGAAAGCUAAAAUAAAGCAGGUUGAGGAAGAGAUGUCCUUCAUCGAUGAUCCGAUCCCUGAAAUGACGCACAAUGUGUUUGGUCUGGACCACGCGAGGAUCAUGAAUCGGCUCCUAGCUGCGAGGAAGAAGAGUCGGGAUGCGUGGGUCAAUAUCGACGUGAACAACCCAGUCAUAUCUUAUCGAACUUCGGACACAAAACCUGACGUCACAGAUUUGGGUAACCAGCAACAGGAGCUAGCUGAUUUCUUAUUGAAAAGACAGAUUCUUCAAAAUAAACUGCGUAAAGAGCUGCGGAGUGGCCGCGAGGAUUGGCUCCUUCAGCCCACUGUCACUGAUGAUGACGAUCCAACGUACGACUCCGAAGAAGAUGAUGAUUACUACUACGAUGACGACGACUACUACUAUUAUGAGGAAACAAACUUAAAUCAAGACCACAAAGAUGACCAGAAAACUGUUUGAAACUACUUUUGAUCUAGUCCUGUUUAGUUGUUGAAUUAAAUUAUGUAUGAUGUUAA